GCUGGUGGUGGCAAGACAGGAGGUUUCUGGGACCCUCGCGAGGCAGCCGGGUGUGACCGUUACCCGCCGGCAGCUCGGAGCGAGCCGGGCGGCAGGAAAACAACCGCGCCGGAGCAUCAUGAUCCCUCUGGAGAAGCCCGGCGCCGGCGACUCCUCCCCGGCCGCCGCCUCGGGCCCGAGUGUCAGGGGUCCGAGCGCGCUGCGCCGGCCGCCGCCGCAGGCCCGCGGGCUGCUGACGGAGAUCCGCGCCGCCGUGCGCACCGAGCCCUUUCAGGACUCCUACAGCCUGAGCCCUGGCCGGGAGCUGGGCAGGGGGAAAUUUGCAGUGGUGAGGAAAUGCGUAAAAAAAGAUUCUGGAAAAGAAUUUGCAGCCAAGUUCAUGAGAAAAAGAAGAAAAGGCCAAGACUGCCGGAUGGAAAUAAUUCAUGAGAUUGCUGUACUUGAACUAGCACAGGACAAUCCUUGGGUCAUUAAUUUACAUGAAGUUUAUGAGACGCCAUCAGAAAUGAUCUUAGUUCUGGAAUAUGCUGCUGGAGGUGAAAUCUUUGAUCAGUGUGUGGCAGACAGGGAUGAAGCCUUUAAAGAAAAAGAUGUUCAAAGACUCAUGAGGCAGAUUUUAGAAGGUGUUCACUUUCUACAUACUCAUGAUGUAGUCCAUCUUGAUUUGAAGCCUCAAAAUAUUUUGCUGACAAGUGAAUCUCCACUGGGUGACAUUAAGAUCGUUGAUUUUGGCCUUUCAAGAAUAAUGAAGAACAGUGAAGAGCUCAGAGAAAUUAUGGGAACUCCUGAGUAUGUAGCUCCUGAAAUUCUUAGUUAUGAUCCUAUCAGCAUGGCAACAGAUAUGUGGAGCAUUGGAGUGUUAACAUAUGUCAUGCUUACAGGGAUAUCGCCCUUCUUAGGGGAUAACAAGCAAGAAACAUUCUUGAACAUCUCACAGAUGAAUUUAAGUUAUUCUGAGGAAGAAUUUGAUGUUGUGUCAGAGUCCGCUAUUGACUUCAUCAAGGCACUUUUAGUUAAAAAACCCGAAGAUCGAGCCACCGCUGAAGAAUGUCUAAAACAUCCAUGGUUGACACUGAGCAGUAUUCAGGGUCCUUCUCUCAGGGUGAAAGGUGCAUUAGAAGAAGCAGAUGCCCUCCAAGAAGGUGAUUCUGUGCCUGAAAUUAACUCAGAUACUGAGAAGCCAGAAACGGAGGAAACAGUUGUAACGGAGGAGUUAAUUGUAGUUACUUCGUAUACUUUAGGGCAAUGCAGACAGUCUGAAAAAGAAAAAACGGAGCAAAAGGCCAUUUCCAAACGAUUUAAAUUCGAAGAACCUUUGCUGCAAGAAAUUCCAGGAGAAUUUAUCUACUGAGCAGUAUUUCCCCCUAGAACUGAAUUUUCCUACAUUGAAAACAUUAUUAUUAUUUAUGGACCUUUGGCCAAAUGAUAUCUUUACUAAAAGUGGAUAACCAGGUGUCACUGAUGUAAACUAAAAUAACUUUGUCAAACUUACGGAGUUAGGCGAAUCAAGCCAGAUUCAUAAAGUUGCCAACCCGGUUGUUUAACAGGUAAAGUUAUCUGUUUCAAUGUUGUUUUUGAGAACAAAAACGUUUGCACCUUUUUAUUCUACAUCCGGUUUCUCCAGAUUGAGAAUUUGUGUGCAAAGUUAUUUGUAUUCACUUUCUUUAAAAAUCCAGUAAAAGUGCCAAAAUUACAUCUUUGUAAAUUUGUUCUGAUUAUUCAUAUAUGUAUCUGUGUCUGCGUAUACAUAUGUCAGUAUCUUUACUGAAACUGAUACUUCUUCACUUUGGAUUGUGUGUGUGUGAGAUUUAAAUAGAAGUCUUCCAAAUUUUUGAGACCUAGAAUAACAUCCAUUAUAAUGUCUUAAUUUUUGUAUUUUAUUACUGCUUUAUAUUGACUUGAUUUGACUUCUAUUAUCUUUUUGUCUAAUGCCUAUAACCUGUCUGGUAAAAACCCUGGUUAAUUUGUUUUUCUCCUUCAGCACCACUAAUAAGAGAGGUGGUAAUUUUUUACCUUUGAAAUUAUUCUGGGUUUCAACGUCACGGUGAAAUCACCCUGUAAUGUUGAACCAGUGCUGGGUUUUCAGCCAUUUCCCUCACUCCACGCUCAUCUGCUUUCACGGGCUACCCCCCUGCCACCUCCUCACCCCUCCCACUUAUUUGUCCUUUAAUUUUGGGCACUUGCAGGUGUCAGUGUGAUCUGACCAAUACAGUGGUUGCUUGGAUCAGUGAAAAGACCCUGUGUUUUUUCCCAAAGUUAGAGCAGGGGACAAGAUGUAAAAGCAUAUUCAUUAUUGUCACUGAGCCUUUAUGUCUGUUGAGUUCCUUAUCAGCCCUCAUGCUACAUUAGGUGAAGUUGUAAGAUGCCAAAAUAUUUAUAGACCUUUACUUUGUCCAUUAAAAAAAAAAAAAAUUGAAGUUGAACACUUUGUCAUUAAGGAGGUACCUUGUCCCAAAAGAGUUAAAAGAGUAUACUCAAUAGAGUUUAAUUUGAUUAGCAUUGAACACUUCAGUUGUCUUCAAAUCACACAGUAGGCAGUAAAUUCCUGUUUAAAAAAAUGAAAUGGAAAAACGUAUGAUUCCUAUCAUGGACUGAAUUUUGUCUGUGUUGACUUGGCUAGGCCAUGAUUCUCAGUACUGUGUAGUUGUCUUCCAUUUUGUAAUCUGAUUAUCCCCCAUUUUGUGAUGUGUUGUAAAUCCUAGCCUCUGUGCCUGUGGUUAUGGUCACAUUUGGGCGAGAGCUGUCUGUUAUGUUAAUGAGGCAGGAUUAUGUAACACCCUUACUCAGGUCACAGCCCUGAUCUGAUAUAAAGGGAGUUUUCCUGGGGUGUGGCCUGCAUCACCUUUUAUCUUGCAAGAGAUAAAAGGAGGGAGAAGCCAGCGGAGAGAAAAAGGAACCUGACUACCACCAAGAAAGAGGAGCCAGGAGCGGAGCAUGUCCUUUGGACCUGGGGUCCCCGCUCUGAGAACCUCCUAGACCCAGGGGAUGAAUGAUGACAAGACAACAUGGAGUUCCCCAAGGAACGCCAGGCCCACAGGUGUUGAAAACAGACAAGGACCUUCCCCCAGAGCCAACAGAAAAACCCUUCGCCUAGAGCUGGCACCCAGAAUUUGGACUUCUUGCCUCCUAAACUGAGAGAAUAAAUUUGUUUGUUAAACCAUCCACUUGUAGUAUUUCUGUUUUAGUAGCACUAGAUAACUAAGACAAUUCCUAACUUAGAGUAACUAAAUAUCCUUCCAAAAAAAAAGUCUGAAAGUCCUUACUUGUCUUUGAUAGGUUCCAGUGUUCUCUGUACUCGUCAGUACAGCUCGUCAUCUGUGUGCAGCGUGUGCACACCCUGCCCUGCCGCUGCCCACACUCUGUGUUGGGGAUGGCUUAGACUUCCCCUCCCCCAUAUCUGACUGAGGUGUCACCCACCGCUUCCUUCCUAGUGUGAUUUCUCAAAUGCCACAAUCAUAACAGUGACAGCAACUAACCACCUUUUCUGUAGUGUGUUCAGUGUACUGUACUAGACAUUGACGUACAGGGUCUGUGAACCUCACACAGCCAUGCAGGGAGAGCCUGUCAGGCCCUUAGAAUUGUUCAGACAUUGUUUAACAAAAUCGAUUCGUCAGUUCAGAGAAUCAGGUUGCACUAUUUUCUCACUCAACUGGCUUUAUCUGUGCAGUUUCGUAGAUGCUAACGUUUCUAAAUAAGUUCUAGAAAGGGAGGGGGGAGUUCUUCCACAAUGGCAGAGGUUUCAAUUCAAACCCAGUGUUAAGCCUUAGGUAAGUAAGUCUCUUUAAAAAGGUUAAAACAUAGUUUUAGGCAAAAUUUUAUAAAUAUCUUCCUAACAAAAAAGGGUUUAAGGAGAAAAAAAAAAAAACUAUUGAAUGACAUAUAUUUGUACUUGAUGGAUUUGUAGAUUUUAAAAUUAGAAUCAUUUGAAUAGCACUUAAACUUCUUCCAAAUGAUUUCACUCAAAAUAAAUACUUUUAAUAUAAUUAUUGUAUUUGUAAAAAGACAGGUUUCCUUUUAGCUGGACACUUUGAAGUUUGUAGUAUGCUUAACUAAUUUUAUUCCUUGAAUUGCGAGCUUUGUGCUUUUUUUUUAAAGAAGUCCUUCAGAAUAUACUUAUAUAAAGGUAGCUUUUAGUUUUUUGGUUUAUAUUAUAUAAACCGAGCAGGAAGAAUCUUCACAAUACUGGACCAGAUAAAAUCUUUUAUUAAUAACUUGCCAGCCAGCUUCUCACUCAUGUAAAGUUGUUAAUGCUCAUUUGUUUUAUUACCAAGUUACAAAAGACUAAUACAGUACUAUUGAGAUUACUCAUACAGUUUAUACAUCCAGUUUGAAUUAUACUGAAAUUCAAUGUUAGAUAGUGGAGCAAGAUGACGAAAUGAGUGCAUGCCUGCACCUACUCCCCAGCAACUAACACACUGAACAAUGAAUAAAAACAAGCACAGACUGAGAUCUCAACUCCAGACAGCAGCUGAGGAACUGGAGAAUUGCAGUGAGUCCAGAAGCAGGGGAGAGGAGGAACAGGAUCAGCAUAGAAACUAAGACAUCCUACCUGCUAACAAGACUGCAAGCUUAUCGUAGCCAUUUUGUGACAGGGCUGGGUAACACCCCAAGCCAGUAACAGAAAGGAAGCUUAUCUGAGGAAGUUCUAGCCAAAUUUCUUUUAAGUCAGUGCAAAUUGGCCAUGGGAGUUCACGGGCUGCACAAGUGGGAAGGGGCAAAGGAAAACCUUAAUGCUUCAGGAGAGUACUGUUGAAUCUCACUGAGGCCUGAAACUAAUAGGCACUAGGACCAGAAAGAAGUGUAAGAGCAGCAGGGCAAGGAGAAUGGUCCAGACUGACAGGCAAGCUGGAGGCAGCUCCCAGUGGGACACCACGGGCACUGGGUGUGUCAGUGCAGGAGUGACAGUGAGGGGAAGACUUUAGAAUCCUCACCACAGUAAAGCCGAUCCCCACCGUGCACACCAGCAGAGGCAUCCAGCAAAAUCCACCCUCUCACACAUGCAUAUUGAAUUCCAGAGUCCAAGCAUACAGAUCUCUUGAAUUUUCUACAAUAAAAAGAAUAAAAAAUUUAAAGAACAAAAUGGCUCAAGUUCAACAAAAACUAGUAAAAAAACACAAAAGCACAAGAAUAGAUGGAGCACUCAAACAUGAAGAAGAGGAAGUCUAACAGAGGCCAGGAUAAUGCAAAGAAUUGAUAAUUUUCCGACUAUGGUGCUAAAUAUGGUUAAAGAAAGUAAAAAACAACAAACUAGUGGAGUUCAGGAAGCAAACAGUGGAACAAAAUGAGAAAUUCAACAAGGAAUUUGAAAACACAAAAAGAUCUACUGGAACUGAAAAAUAAGACAUCUGAAUUAGGAAAAGCAAGAGCCAACACUAAACAAUAGGGUCAAACAAGCAGAGGAUAGAGUAUCUGAAGUUAGCAAGUCUCAAGAUAAAAGAACAAAAGCAAACAAAACCAAAAAGAAAUGUGGGACUCAAUUAAGAAAUCUAACAUCAAAAUUACUGCAAUCGCAGAGCACCACAACAAUAAAGGCAUACAAACAAUUUUCCAAGAGAUGGUCAGAAUUUCCCAGACCUGAGCAGAAAACCAAGCCUGCAAACACAGGAAGCUACAAGAACGCCAAUCAGAAGAGACAACAAAAAGAUAACUCUGCGACAUACCCUAAUGAAAUUCUUGAAAACCAAAGACAAGGAGAGAAUUUUGAAAGUAGCAUGAGAAAAACACAAUUUAACACACCAAAGGUCUUUCAUAAGAAUCAGUGUGGAGCAAUGUACAUAAAAUACUGAACCAAAACAAUUGGCAACCAAGAAUACUUUACUCAGCAAAGUUGUCGCUCAGAAACAAAGGGGAAAUCAAGACAGUCCAAAACAAACAGAAACUCUGGGAAUUUGCAGCUACCAGACCAGCUUUGCAACUAUUACACUCAAGGGAAAACUCCAAAUGGAAAGGCAAGAACAUUAAGAAAUAAGUACAGAGGCAGGGCCAAGAUGGCUGACUAGGUAAAAGCUACCUCGGAUCCCUCUUGCAACAAAGACUCGGAAAAACAAGUGUAUUGAUCACAUACAUGACAAUCUAUGAACCCUGACCAUCAAACACAGAUCUAGAGUUGACCUGAGUGACAGGUGAGUGAAAAGCUGCGCCCUGAACCAGCAGCCGUUUCUGGAACCCGUGACCCGCUCCACAGCCUUGAGCCCCCGCGGUUUCCUGGUGCCCAGUGGUGGGGCCGAUUGCGGCUUGCUGAGGCGGGGCAGACACGGGACACAGCCCUAACCCCUAGCCCCCUGGGGUAACCUCCGUAGAGACUCAGCCAGCGCAAGCAGACUGCACACUGACGGGGCUAACGAGAGAAUGAACAACCACGGGGACGCGGCCACUGUUUUUGGAGCCUGGAGCCAGCGUCCCAGUCAGAAAACCUUGGCACCAGACUUUGGACUGGGCGCAGGGGAUCUGAGCGUGGCAUCCUGAGACGGUGCAAACACAGGACACAGCCCUAGCCCCCUGAAGUGACCUUGGGGGAAGCCCAGCUAGUGCACGCAGGCAGCACAGCGACGCAGAUGACAGGAGAAGUCACCGGGAGGCAGCGACUGGUUUUGGAGCCUGAAGUGCAGCGUCCCAGCUAGGGAACCUUGGCGCUGGGCUUUGGACUGGGAGCACAGGAACCGACCACGGCUUCUGAGACAGCACAAGCACAGGACGCAGGCCUGACCCUCGGGGGCAAUCUCGACCCAGCCAACGCACACAGGCUACACACCCCUCCUCCUCGGGAAUCUCAGAUAAAACAGUCAUCACCAAGCAAGAUAAGUAACUUUGUCUAUAUUCCUGGGUGCUACUCUCUCCUAGCUAUCUGAUCCCUCCCCACCCCUUCCCAGGCGGUGACGUUAAGAUUGGAAUUUCCUGGGCAAGGGAGUGAAGUGCUCUGCGGUGUUUUGUUUUGUUUUGGUCUUUUCCUAACCCAUUGUCCUGGCCUGAGAGAAGCAGCUACAAAAAACCCAGGGACUAAGAAUCCUUCCCUGACUUCCCGAAAUUAGACUAAAAAUACAGAACCAACGCCAGCCAAGCAUAUGAGAUCCACAGUCUUGGGCUUUCAUCCCUACAGGGAACAAGGUGGCUAUUAUAAUGCCAAGGCAAUUCUGAUAGUGAUCUGACUGUAAUUGUUUUAGCAGAUUACUGGAAAGACAAGUUUCCCAGGUCUGAUAUCUCUACCUAUUAAACACAGCCCUCGCUGACCCACAACCCAGAACUGAGGGCUGAAGCUCCACCCAAACCACCUAGCCUCCUGCCAUAGGGGUCUGAGGAUGGUGACACCUACCAAUCUUUGGAGGUACAUGCAUUGGAUGCCUAAGGUACAGCUGCAGAGCCCACCCACCAAAGUGCUUUAGGAAUAGAGACACACCUACCUCACAAGCACUUGGGGGAAGCCUGUCAACAUCCUGCCCCCCCAGAGUGUGAAACCCUGCUGCUACUAGAAUCUGGUGCACACAACUAUCACCACUACUCCUCUAAGUGAAUAGGUGACAGUCUACACCACACACUUGGUGACCCAAAAUCAGAUUCUACUCAAGAAUAGUGAAUGGACUCUUAGGCUUAUAUAUCUGGUAACAGCCCAAACCAGCUGGUAAUACGACAUAAGUGAUUGAAAGGCAACAACAAUCAAGACAGCGCAAUCUAGUAGCCCAUCUAUGUAUAUUGAAAGAAAACAAAACAAGAUAAGACUCAGUGAGAAAAUAUAAAAUAAAUCAUUACAAUAUCUUAGAGAUGGCUCAGAGACAGCAGUCGAUAUCAAACCACAUAAAGAAGCAGACCAUGAUUGCUUCUACAACUCCCCAAAUUAAAGAAUCAAAAUCUUCCCCAAAUGAAGAUACAAUCCUGGAAUUGCCAGAUGCAGAAUAUAAAAAACUAACUUACAGAAUGCUUCAAGACAUCAGGGAUGACCUCAAAAAUGAAAUAAGGCAAUCUACAGAAAAAGCCAAGGAACACACUGAUAAAUCAGUUGAAGAAAUCAAAAAGAUUAUUCAAGAACAUAGUGGGAAAAUUAAUAAGCUGCAAGAAUCCAUAGAGAGACAGCAUUCAGAAAUCCAAAAGUUUAACAAUAAAAUUACAGAAUUAGACAAUUCAAUAGGAAGUCAGAGGAGUAGAAUCAAGCAAUUGGAAUGCAGAGUGGGGGAGCUGGAGGAUAAGGCAAUUGACACCAAUACAGUUGAAGAAAAAUCAGAUAAAACAAUUUUAAAAAAAUGAAGAAACCCUAAGAAUCACGUGGGACUCUAUCAAGAAGAAUAGCUUGCAUGUGAUUGGAGUUCCAGAACAAGGAGGGAUAACAGAAAAUACAGAGAGAAUAGUUGAAGAUCUGUUGGCAGAAAACUUCCCUGACAUCAAGAAAGAUGAAAGGAUAUCUAUCCAAGAUGCUCAUCAAACCCCAUAUAAGAUUGAUCCAAAAAGAAAAUCACCAAGACAUAUUAUCAUCAAACUUGCCAAAACCAAAGAUAAAGAGAAAAUUUUAAAAGCAGCCAGGGAUAAAAGAAAGGUCUCCUAAAAGGAGAAUCAGUAAGAAUAAGUUCAGACUACUCAGCAGAAACCAUGCACUCAAGAAGGCAAUGGGAUGACAUACAUAGAGCACUAAAGGAGAAAAACUGCCAGCCAAGGAUCAUAUAUCCAGCAAAACUCUCAAAUGUGAAGGUGAAAUUAAAACAUUUACAGAUAAACACAAACUUAGAGAAUUUGCAAAAACCAGACCAAAGCUACAAGAAAUACUAAAGGAAAUUAUUUGGUCAGAAAACCAAUAAUAUCAGAUACCAGCACAACACAAGGUCACAGAACAGAACAUCCUGAUAUCAACUCAAAUAGGGAAAUCACAAAAACAAAUUAAGAUUAAUUUUAAAAAGAAAAAAAUGCUCAAAACAGGGAAUCAUUGAAGUCAAUAUGUAAAAGAUCACAAUAAUCAAAACGAGGGACUAAAUGCAGGUGGCAUAGAACUGCCAUAUAAAGAGGGAAACAAGGCGAUAUAGGACAAUACAAGUUAGGUUUUUACUUAGAAAAAUAGGAGUAAAUAUUAAGGUAACCACAAAGAGGUAUAACAACUCCAUAACUCAAAAUAAAAACCAAGAAAAAUAUAACAACUCAGCAAACAUAAAGUCAAAUACUAUGAAAAAUAAGGAACACACAAUUUACAAAGAAAAAUGUCUCAGCACAAAAAAGUAAGUGGAAAAAUGAAAUUGUCAACAGCACACAUAAAAAGGCAUCAAAAUGACAGUACUAAACACAUACUUAUCUAUAAUUAUGCUGAAUGUAAGUGGACUAAAUGCACCAAUAAAGAGACAGAGAGUCUCAGACUGGAUAAAGAAACACGAUCCGUCUAUAAGCUGCCUACAAGAGACACACCUUAGAGACACAAACAAAAACUCAAAGGAUGGAAAAAAAUAUAUCAAGCAAACAACAAGCAAAAAAGAGCAGGAGUAGCAAUAUUAGUUUCUGACAAAACAGACUUUAAAGUUAAAUCCACCACAAAGGAUAAAGAAGGACACUACAUAAUGAUUAAAGGGACAAUUGACCAGGAAGAUAUAACCAUAUUAAAUAUUUAUGUACCCAAUGACAGGGCUGCAAGAUACAUAAAACAAACUUUAACAGAACUGAAAAGUGAGAUAGACACCUCCACAAUUACAGUAGGAGACUUCAACACACCACUUUCAGAGAAGGACAGGACUUCCAGUAAGAAGCUGAAUAGAGACACGGAAGACCUAAUUGCUACAGUCAACCAACUUGACCUCAUAGACUUACACAGAACACUCCACCCAACAGCUGCAAACUAUACUUUUUUUUCUAGUGCACAUGGAGCAUUCCCUAGAAUAGAUCACAUGUUAGCUUAUAAAACAAACCUUUGCAGAGUCCAAAACACUGAAAUAUUACAAAGCAUCUUCUCAGACCACAAGGCCAUAAAAGUGGAAAUCAAUAACAGAAAAAUCAGGGAAAAGAAAUCAAAUACUUGGAAACUGAACAAUACCCUGCUCAAAAAAGACUGGGUUAUAGAAGACAUUGAGGAGGGAAUAAAGAAAUUCAUAGAAUGCAACGAGAACGAAAACACUUCCUAUCAAAACCUCUGGGACACAGCAAAAACAGUGCUCAGAGGUCAAUUUAUAUCAAUAAAUGCACACAUACAUAAAGAAGAAAUAGCUAAAAUCAGAGAACUGUCCCUUCAACUUGAACAAAUAGAAAGCGAGCAACAAAAGAAUCCAUCAGACACCAGAAGAAAACAAAUAAUAAAAAUUAGAGCUGAACUAAAUGAAUUAGAGAACAGAAAAACAAUUGAAAGAAUUAACAAAGCCAAAGGCUGGUUCUUUGAAAAAAUUAACAAAAUUGAUAAACCAUUGGCCAGACUGACAAAAGAAAUACAGGAAAGGAAAUAAACAACCCGAAUAAGAAAUGAGAUGGGUCACAUCACAACAGACCCAACUGAAAUUAAAAGAAUCAUAUCAGAUUAUUAUGAAAAAUUGUACUCUAACAAAUUUACAAACCUAGAAGAAAUGGAUGAAUUCCUAGAAAAACACUACCUACCUAAACUAACACAAUCCGAAGUAGAACUACUAAAUAGACCCAUAACAAAAAAAGAUAUUGAAAAGGUAAACAAAAAAUUCCCAACAAAAAAAAGCCCUGGCUCAGACUGGACAACGGGUUGGAGAGAGACGCUGAUGAAGAGUGAGCUACUUGUAUCAGGUGGACACUUGAGGUUGUGUUGGCAUCUCCUGUCUGGAAGGGAGAUAGGAGGGUAGAGAGGGUUAAAAACUGGCAAAGUUGUCACGAAAUGAGAGGCUGGGAGGAGGUAGCGGGCUGACUCAUUAUGGGGAGAGUAAGUGAGAGUAUGGAGUAAAGUGUAUAUAAGCUUAUAUGUGACAGACUGACUUGAUUUGUAAACUUUCACUUAAAGCACAAUAAAAACUAUUUAAAAAAAAAAAAAAGCCC